AUGGAAGUCGAGGACCGCGCCAAAGCGAAAAAGCUGCAGGAAGAAGCUGAUGAACGAUGCCAACAAGAAGCGGAAGAGGAAGAACAGGGCCUGGAUGAUACGACGUUAUGGCUCAUGGACAUGGUCGGAGUUCGUCCCGAAUCCACCCGUCGAAAAGCCACCCCGAUUGUCUUUAAAAUCACGGACGCUGAAAACAUCGACCGAAAAUUCAGAAAAAUCUUUCCAGCUGCCUGUGGUCUAUUCAACAUCAUCUACUGGGGAUACUGCCUCAAUCAAGACUAA